AUGUUCCGAAAAAAUACAACUACUUUUCUACCACAUUCAGUUUGUCAUAAACAUAUGCAAAUAAUUCUUGUACGAACUAAAAAAACUCAUUGGUCUGUAGCUAAGAAGAAGAUUCAUCCAAAAGACAAAGCCUUAGAACAUUUUGAUGACUUUUAUGGUUCUGUAUACGGGAAAAGAUGGAAAUCAAUACGACUUGCACUGUUGUUACCACACAAAUAUAUCGCUGUAGUGAAUAACUUUAGUGAUGCUGAUAAAAUUUCUCAAGAACUAGAGUGGGCAGGAGCGAUGAAUUUAAGAAAAGUAGUUGAAGCGUACACACCAAAUGUUGAAAAUAAAUUCCUUAAUAAAAAUAAAAUACAAGAUUUGGAUAAAACAUUAGAAAAACUAUUACUAACUGGUGAAAAUAAAAACAAUACUAAUAAAGAAAAAGAGAAAUAUGUAGAAAAAGCAUCGCUUGAAGAGAGUUUAUUAGAAGCAGAAUGUGAUGAAAAUAGACUAGUUGACCCUGAAUCAAAUUCUAAUAUUGGAGGAUUAUAUCAAUUUAUACCAGCUACUGAACUUCAUGGCAAAACUGACUGGAUUCCAGAAUCCCAACAUUACCAAUACUAUGAAGAAAAUUCAGAUUUCCCAAUCAAUGUAUUAAACGAAGAAAGUUCUCUUAAUAUUCCACCUCACCUACAAUUGUAUACAUUUGACCGGGGAGAUUUUUCUUCAUUUCCACGUUCUAAAAUUAGGACCACCAAAGUCAGCAGUUACUAUUUGAUGGAUGGAGGUUCAAUUUUACCUGUAUUGGCGUUAGAUUUAAAACUUGGUGACAGAGUAUUAGACAUGUGUUCUGCUCCUGGUGGUAAAGCAUUAGCAGCGCUUCAAACAUUAUUACCAGAAUCGCUUGUAUGUAAUGAUGUUCAAGAAUCAAGAAUUAAAAAACUACAUAAUGUUAUGUCUGAAUUUAUUAUUGACUAUGAAAGUUGGGGCUCACGUCUAAUGAUUACCCAAAUGAAUGCACGAGAUAUUGAUGAACCAGACGUAUACAAUAAAAUAUUGGUAGAUGUUCCAUGUACUAAUGACCGUCAUAAUUUAUUAGUCAACGAUAACAAUAUAUUCAAACCUAAUCGUGCAAAAGAACGUUUAAAGUUGCCCGAAAUACAAGCUGAUAUUUUAAUUACUGCCUUAAAAAACAUCGCAGUGGGUGGUACUGUAGUUUAUUCAACUUGCUCUUUAUCACCUAUACAGAAUGAUGGUGUAGUUAAAAUGGCCUUGAAAAAAAUAUGGGAAGAAACCAACCAUCAAAUAGUUAUUAAGGAUUUGACAAAGCAAUUUGAACCUCUCAAGUCGUUGUACUCAUUGAAAAAAGGAUUGAAAUUUGGUCAAUUAGUGGUGCCAUUCCUACCUCUAAAUUAUGGACCAUUAUAUUUAUGCAAAUUAGUCAGAGUAAGAUAGUUGUUUUCAUAUUUAUCAGUAAUUUUACAAAUAUGUUUUAAUGGUCUUAAAACAUUUUGGUUU